AUGACAUUCACAUCUGGAAAGAUGGUCAAGUCGCCGGCAUCGUCUCCAGAUCGGAAAAAGUCCAAGUUGGACGUGUAUCCGAUGGAAGUGAGAGAUCCGAAAGAGCGCGAAAUCAAUCCGACGCUUCUUUUGAAUUUCACAACGGCGCUCUCCGGCUUUGAGAUCCCGACCGAGGUAAUUUUCAUCGAUUUUCUAGCGGAUAUCGACUUUCGUUCAAAACAUUUCGAAAUAAUCUGAAAAAUUGAGCUUUCAGGAGCAGCUCGUCACGGUAAAACGAGAUGAGUUCCGUCACCAUCCGAAUGAAGACGUCGAGCAGUACUUCCGUGCGAGCACUCAAUGGGGAGUUCCGGCGAUCGCCUGGAGCAUCGUCCGCCCGGCUUUCCUCUGGAAACUCGAGGUUUUUCACUUUUCAAAAUGGCUGGAAUUGAUUUUUUUUUGUUCAGUUCUGCAUCACCGAGUUUAUGGUGGUCGAGAAGCGAAAGAAGGAGGAGUUGACGGGACCGCAAGAGAAGCCGGACCCGGAGAAACAGCCAGACACUCCCGUCAAGGAGAAACUCUCUAUCAUGGGUCGUAAGUCAACGAGUUUCGAACAAAAUUUGAACUUUCCCUCUUUUCAGACAAAGUGAAUCUAAUCAAGACGACGCCGGUGGUAUUCAACACUGAGGAGGCGAUAGAGUUCGUGCUAUCGAAGGCGAAGACGUUCGACGGAUUCCCGUUCACCUGGCAGAGACUCUGCGAGCUUCUCAUCGAUCCGAUGCGCCAUUACAACUCGAUUGACAAGUUUUUGCGCGCUAUUGAUAAGGUUUCACCAGGGAAAAUUGGAUUUUUAGUUGUAUUUUGAAUUUUUAAGGUCAUCAACGUCGUGACGACGAUCAAUGAAAACGGAAGCCGUCAGUUUGGGGAGUGGGAGGUGCCGAGCAGCACUCCGCAUCACCUCGAAUCCGUCUUUUUCGGCGCAGUUGUAAGUUUUCCUAUUUAGAAUAGUCGCCCAUAGAAACUCUAUUUCAGGACGAGGUAGAGGCGAUGGAGAUGGAGGAGAAGCAGAAGAACGAGUCGUCAUCGAACGAGGAGCCGCUCGACAUGAGCCAGAAGACGUCGAUGCCGGCGCCACGUGUCUCCAACUCGUCCCCGGUCCCACCGUCGUUCGCCCCGCCCACAGCUCCCGUUCCCACUGUUGCUCAACCGGAGGAAAACGAGGAGGAGAUGCCGGAAGCGCCGGUCGGAGAGGAGGAUGAGAAAGAGAACAACUCGAGUCUCGAAUAA